GGGCCGGGGUCUGCCGAGCCCUCGCCGGAGUUCAGCGCCACUAUGCGGGCUGCCGUGAAGAUGGAAGGCCAUGAGACUCCGGACUGGAACAACUACUACAGCGAGGCACCAGAGGUGUACUCGCCAAUGACGUCGGGCGGGAUGAUGAACGGCUACAUGGGCUCGAUGACCGCGGGCUCCUUCAACAUGUCCUACUCCAACACGGGCCUCAGCCCGGCCCACAACGCCAACCCAGGUCCCGGCCCCAUGGCCCCGGGGACCGGGGGCAUGGGUGCGGCGCUCAGCCCGACCAACAUGAGCUCCAUGGCGGCCCAGCAGGCGUCCAUGAGCGCGCUGACGCACUACGGCGGCCUGAGUCCCAGCAUGUCGUCCUCCGUGUCCUACAGCCAGGGCCCGCUGAGCCGCGGCCGGGACAACAAGGCGUUCCGGCGGAGCUACCCGCACGCCAAGCCGCCCUACUCAUACAUCUCCCUCAUCACCAUGGCGAUCCAGCAGGCGCCCAGCAAGAUGCUGACCCUGAGCGAGAUUUACCAGUGGAUCAUGGACUUGUUCCCCUACUACCGCCACAACCAGCAGCGCUGGCAGAACUCCAUCCGACACUCGCUCUCCUUCAACGACUGCUUCGUGAAGGUGUCGCGGUCCCCGGACAAGCCGGGGAAGGGCUCCUACUGGGCGUUGCACCCCGACUCGGGGAACAUGUUCGAGAACGGCUGCUAUCUGCGUCGACAGAAGCGCUUCAAGUGCGACAAAAAGUUGUCGACCAAAGGCGAAGGGAAGAAGGAGGCGAGCGGCGCCUCUCCCCCCGCCGCCGAGGGAUCCCACCGGAUCAAAGUGGACCCUAUGGACCCCCACCCCCCCGGACAGGACCACCGGGCCAGUCGAGCGGCCCCUGACCUCAAGGUCGCCGGAUCACAGAUCCACCACUCCGCGGGGGUCACGGCCCUCUCUCUGCCGCCGCCGCACGCGAUGGCGCAGGACUUCCAUCUGAAGGGCGACCCCCACUACCCCUUCAACCACCCCUUCUCUAUCCACAACCUCAUGGCCUCCCCGGAGCAGCAGCACAAGCUGGACUUGAAGGCCUACGAGCUGCAGGCGCUGCAGUACUCCUACGGCUCGGGCGGGUCCGCGGGACUGUCGUUGGGAGGACGCGCGCCGGCGGCGGACCCGUUAGAGGCCAGCUACUACCAGGGCGUGUACUCCAGACCGGUGCUGAACGCGUCGUAGGGCGCGUCUCCACGGCGCCCCGGGGCGUGGGGGAGCCGCGCUGAGGGACGCGGGGGAUCGUUGCAUGGACCCGGGAUUUAUACCGCACCCAUGUGUUGAAAAUGUUGUUCAUGUAUUAUCUAAAGUCCACUUCAGAAGCGAGAGGUCCCGACCGGUGGUCCUCCAGACCCUCGGAGACCCUCCGCUCUCCGGCGCCUCGUUUGGAUUUUGAAGUGUCUCCAAACUUACAAAAAAAAAUCCCCGAAGAAGCGUUUUAAAUGUGUUCAAACACAUUUUAAGACGUUUAGGUUCAAACGUAGCCUAUUUAAAUUCUUGAAAUAUAUAAAACACCACACCAAGAAGCGCUUAAAAUGUGUUUAAAGAGAAUGAAACCAUCCCGUUCAGAAGUGAUCUUUACUGUGGAUUCACUCUGUUGCUUUGGAAGACUUUGCAUGUUCUUAACUUAUUAUUGCUCCUUUUAAAUAAAAAGUGAUUGUUGUAUAA